CGCGCUGGCAUUGCGUUAUGGGGCAUGGAAUGUCAACAAAUGUCUUGCACCUGUUAUGCUUCAUCUCCUCAAAGUGAUAGCGAGACAACAUAAUCGUGGGACCUCCAGCAGCUUUGCCGGAAGGUGGUGGUCUCCGAUCCCACGAUUAAUGGAAAGUCACAUGCAUAAUGCAGCUGGCUCACGUGAAUCCAAUCCAGUUCCAAUUAUCACUUUCCAGUCCGAAAUUCGCAUCCAGAGAACCCAUCCAAGCCCAAACGAUAGCUCCCUGAGCUUGCGCCCAGAACGACACAUCUCCCCCAACAUCUCGCAAUGGCACAAUACUUCCUGGACCUGGUGUACACCCUCACCAACUGCAUGAGCUGUUUCCCCGGCUCUCCUCAGCUCAAGAUCAACAACCGAAGCUUCAAGAUCCUGCGAUUACUAGGAGAGGUAGGAAACCCAACCAGCUACCCAAGCACCCGCUGACCACCUUCCAGGGAGGAUUCUCCUACGUCUACCUCGUCCAAGAUACCAGCAAUGAAGCACUAUAUGCGCUGAAGAAGAUCCGAUGUCCCUUUGGCCAAGAAUCCGUUGCGCUGGCGAUGAAAGAGGUCGAGGCAUAUGCGCUGUUUGCUCUACAUCCAAAUAUCAUCCGGAGUGUCGAUUACUGCGUCUCCUCUGAUCGAUCAGACCCCGGCGCGAAGACUGUAUACAUCCUCCUACCAUACUACCGUCGGGGAAAUCUGCAGGAUAUAAUCAAUGCGAAUCUGGUCAAUCAUACGAAGUUCCCCGAGAGGAGGCUGAUGGUGCUCUUUCUGGGCGUUUGUGAAGCUUUGACGGCGAUGCAUAAUUAUAAGGUUGGGCAGGGAGCUGGUGGAGCUGGUAGUCAGAGGAAAGCGAAGAAGAUUAGAGGGGAGGCGGCACAGGCGGAUCAGGACGCGGCGGAAGAGAAUGAGCAGAGGAGAGGAAGGCAGAAGGGUAGAGAGGUGGACCAUGAAAGCGAACAGCAGGAACCGUUGAUGGAAAAUGAGGUGACGCAGAGUCAAGAGGGUAUGGCGCCAGGGGAGAUCAGAGCGUAUGCGCAUAGAGAUAUUAAGCCAGGGAACAUCAUGAUUGACGACGAUGGUGAACAACCAAUUCUUAUGGAUCUCGGAUCAUUAGCAACAUCCCCCACCCCUAUCACAUCAAGAUCCAUGGCUCUAGCCGUACAAGAUCAAGCAGCCGAACAUUCAACGAUGCCAUACCGCGCACCGGAACUAUUCGACGUCAAGACAGGGAGCACAGUAGAUACCAAGGUCGAUAUCUGGUCACUGGGAUGCACAUUAUACGCCUGCUUAGUGGGCAAAUCACCAUUCGAAAUGCGCAGCGACGAGACAGGAGGGAGUCUAAGCCUCUGCGUACUAGGAGGAGACUGGAGGUUCCCAGACGAAGGCGCAGGAGGCAAGAAGAAGGCCGUGAAUCAACCGGGCCAGAGCGAAGAUAGCGAGAUCAGCGAGAGUAUCAGGGAGGUGGUCCGCAAGUGCUUGAAGGUUGAGCCGUCGGAGAGGCCGGAUGUGAAUGAGUUGAUUGAGAUCGUCAAGGGGGUUAUUGAUAAGUUGCCAGAGGAUAGCUCGUCGUGAGGGGAUUCUGGUCCGUGUAUAUUUCUAUGUUAAUAGGCGUCUUGGGUGUAGAUGGUGGGAUAGGAAGACAGAACUGGGAUCUGUUUCGAUGCCACUAAUCAGACUGCUACUUUUGGAUGUUUGGAAACAGCAUUUUCCAUUCCGGUUCCUGUAUGAACCCUGACGUGCUUCUGUGUCAACAUCUAGAUUUCUUUGCCCAUCGUUCGUCCAUUGUCCUGGCCCAUGAGUAGAUUUGAAUUUUUAGAUCCCGUUGUUGCAAACUCAGCCUUGUGAGACUAAGACUUCCUAAUUCGUUGCCUGCCAGCCAUCCUAGAAAUCGCCGAGAGACUCGUGAUUCCUCAGGCCUAUCGCUAGCAAGGCUACUACCUAGCCUCACUGUGGUUUACUGAAACUCGAAGUCUAUUCAAACAAUUAUCUUAACAGAUCAGAUAUCUCAUAGCUCUCUG